UCCCCCACCGUCCGGACAGUCGUCGUCGUCGUCCGCAGCGUCGUUGAGCUCGCCUUUGACAUUCCCUAGACCGGCAGGCUCCGCUGGUCUUGUCUAGACGCAACCGCCGUUCUCAGCAGCGUGCCGCUUGAUUCUAGCCAUCCAACGCGACUCGACGUCGUUUCACACCUGUUCAUAUUCUUUCAAUUGCAUACAUGGCUACCCUUCACCCCCCCAGCCCCAGCCCCUCCCCCGGCCCUGGUGGUAACGCCAAUGGUCGCUCGCCCAACUUCCGCGCCUCCAUGGGGCCCUCGCCCCGGCCCUCGGCGGUCGGCACUGGGUUCCCGCCCGCAUCUCCUCGCCCUGGGGGUGUUUCCGGCGCCGGCAGGCCCACGAGUGAGCUCCUCGGCAGUCCUGGCAUGUUCCAGACUCCGGAAGCCGAGGCAAUUGACCAGUGGUUUGAAACCUUCCAAAACUAUGAGGUGACGCUGGAAGAAAUGGCUGCUGCCUCUUUGGACGUCAACUUCAAGGAAGAACUGAGCGCUAUUGAGCAAUGGUUCAAGGUCCUGUCGGAAGCCGAGCGCACAGCCGCUCUUUACAGUCUUUUACAACAUUCAACCCAGGUUCAGAUACGGUUCUUCAUCACCGUCCUGCAGCAGAUGGCGAGGUCAGACCCCAUGACAGCCCUUCUCAGCCCCGCUGUUGGCAGCUCUAUGCAGAGCCAGAUGGAGGCCAAGCUGGCGCAGAUGAACAUGAAGUCGCCCGGCCUUAAGUCUGGCCUUCCCGCCUCACCUACCGCCCGCAACUUCUCUGGCAACCGCCCGAACAUCGGUGUGGACACUAACCCGAACGGGUUUUUGUCCCCCGACACUGCGAACCUGCCUUCUGCGGGUGGUCACGACCCCGCUGCUACCUUGGCGGCGCAGCGCGCCAGGCUGGAGGCCAGGAAGGCGAGCAACGCUGCUCAUCGCAUCUCGGCGCCCGUUCUUAGUGCCAGCCUCAACAAUGGCACCUGGGGCUCUGGUUCCAAUCAGCUUGGCCAGGUCGACGAACGUCCGAGUUCUCCCGGCGCCCAGGAGCUCACAAUUCCCGCUCCCAAUGCGAACGCUUCCAGGCCCAAGAGCACUGACUUCACUGGUGCCGCCAAUGCGCUGAAGUCGGCUAAGCUCGAGGACGGCAUGUCGCCGAUGGCCGAGGGCAGCUGGGCGAGCAUGGUUAACACGCCUCUCAUGCCGAUGUUCAAGGAUACCCGCAAUGCCCAGCAGAGCCUCGACGCCGCGGCGGCGAAGCUCAACGACUGGACCGGCUCUGGCGGCAGCGGUGUGCCGCUUAUCUCCGACCCGCCCAAGAGGCUGAACCGCCUCUCGAAGGGCAGCGCUCACGAUGACGAGGGUAGCAACACGAGCCAGGGCACCAACCCGCAGCACGGGCAGCGCAACGUUUCUGGCGGCAUGAGGAACGCCAGCGGGGCUGGCAAUGGCGGAUGGAACGGCGGACGGAGCCCGGCGCUCUCUAACAACAGCAGACUCCACGACGACGGAAACAACAUGAAUGGAUUGGGCAUGGCCGGCUUCGGCAUGGGGAUGGGAAGCCCUGGAUUGGGCAUGGGCAUGCCCGGGAUGGCGGGCUUCGGCGGAAUGCCGUUGAGCCCGUUCGGGAACAUGUUCAACAUGCAGAACCUCGCGGCGAUGAACAACAUGACGCCGGAGCAGCUGCUCGCUUUGCAGAUGACCGCGGCGGCGCAGCUCGGGCAGGCGGGCUUGGGCGGGUUCGGGAUGGGCAUGCACCAGCAGGGCUCGCCGACCCCGCGCAGCGCCCUGCGCAGUGCCCGCUCGCCGGGCAAGUCGCCGAGCGUGCGCGACAAGAAGGACGAGGAGGAUGUGGACCCGAAGGUGCUCGAGGACGUGCCCGCGUGGCUGCGCAGCCUGCGCCUGCACAAGUACACGCCGAACUUUGAGGGCAUGUACUGGAAGGACAUGGUCUUGAUGGACGAGGCUGCGCUGGAGGCGAAGGGUGUCGCUGCCCUGGGGGCGCGGAGGAAGAUGCUGAAGACGUUCGAGGUGGUGCGCAAGAAGAUGGCCAUGGAGGCGCCGGGGAGCGCGACGCCCUCCGCGGCCGCCGCCUGACUGAACGCCUGAUGAACAAGCCCAUCGUGCUGGUACGGUGUUUCGUGCGCGUGCCGGCAUGGACGACGAUGACCGCUCGAAAAUGGUCGCUCUGGAUCCUGAAACACGCUGACGGCCCACGGUGCCGUAUAAAUAUUUCUUGUCUCUCUUUUGUCUCUUCCUCUGCUCUCGGCUUCGGCCUUGGCUCUCCCCAUGUAUACCUCUCUGGACGCUACCCUCCGUGAUACAUUGAGGUUCGGCUCGUGUUCGUGGAAGGUUGAUUAUGAGUACACGCGUCUGCCUCGUAUAUGUACACUAUAAUUUGUUGCAUGUACCUAGGUCUAUCUAUUUGGUCCUUCUCAGCUUGA